UUCAGAGUGGUAAAUUCCACACCUCGCUAAAAUAGCCACCAGGAUUAAACGUUUAAAUGUUAAAAGUUGUUAUCAUUUUCACUUUUUGAAAGCUAGCAAAUAUUUGUGAUAAAAGAUUUGGUGUAAUUACAUUCAGUCACCACCAGAUGUCUGUACAAACUUAACUUGGGGCAAAUUGGAGCCAUAAUUCUGUUAAUGACACACAUGCAUUGUGCAUAAAAAUAGCGAUCCAAAUAAACCCUUUUUUAAUUUAUUACAAUUUAUUUUGAGCGUGUCAAUUUAAGGAAAAAAAAUAACCGAAAGAUUUACAUGAAUUCCACUAUUGCUUAACAGUAUUCACUGAAACUGUAGCGGAUCCGAGUGUCAUAUAAGCUGUUUACAAACACACAGGCUAAUUUAGGAGGGAAUGACGCCAUUAGAUGUUUUUUAUUUUAUAUUAUUUUGACGCCAGUAGAUAUAACUCAAACGGAGGGCUAAAAUCAACGCGAUGCUACUCCCACGUAAAUCAUUGCCCGCCAUAUACAUAAGUUUGAUGCCCGCCGUCGCAAACCACCACCCCCUUCCGGAGAAUGUUAAAGAACUCCACCGCAGCAACGCCCCUUCAGGAAUCACCGCCCCCAUCCAUAGCCGGGCAAUAUUUAAAACAUCUCCAGCCAAGAGUGUGCAGGCAAAGCAGCUCACAGUCAACGCGGUGUGUGUGUAUUUUACAGGGAUCGCCUUGUUUUAUAUCGGAUAUUUCAGACCUGAACAUUGGAACCACCUGUCAUUAAAAAUGAAGUCUCCAAAGAUAAAGGCACAAAGCAAAUCAUUUCUUAAAGAUGAUGACCUCAGUGCCGUGUUGUGUGAAUUCGACGCUGUUAUUGAAGAUUUCACGUCCCCGUUGGAGAAGAGACACUUCAGAUACGACGAGCACUUAAAAACUAUGAAAAGACGGAGUAGCACGAGCGUCAGCGACAGCGGCAUCAGCGACUCUGAAAGUGCAGAGUCAUUAAACAGAAACAGUUUCAGCUGUAGUGAUGAGAAACUCAACACUCCCACAGUUUUCACCCCUUCAUCAAAAAGUCCUUUGGCUGCAUCUCCUAAACCUAAACUUGGAGACACAAAAGAAUUGGAGGACUUCAUUGCUGACCUGGACAGAACAUUAGCAAGCAUGUAAGUCAGAGACGGGAUGACUGGUGCACCACAUCGUAGCUCACCCUGGAGAAGAAAGCUAGACUGCACCUGACAAACCUGAACCACUGUGAAAAUGGAAUACACAGGGUUUAACUCGCUGAAUGGUGGAGUUAUUCACUUUGUGUCCAUACACACAGAACGAAAUACAAAUGUAUAAGAAAUACAUAUACCACAGGGUUGGCUGUGCUGUCUGAAAAACUAGAGCUGUAAGAUUAUUUAAAUAGCUUUUUAUAAAAACAAAUAUGUAAUUUUGUAGAGUUGGUUAUUGUAAAUGUUUCUGUAAUACAAUUUUUCUUUUUUGAAUUUUUCUUUUUGUAAUAUUUGAUGUAAAUAUUGUUUCAAACUUGAUACAUAAAAGUCUUCACAAGAAAAACUGGGAUAAGGGAUAUUAUUUAAUACAACUAAUGUCUUUAAGAUAUUAAAGUUGAAAAUAUAUUUUAACAUA